UCAUCAACAAAACGAAAACAUUAUUGUCGUGACACCAUUUAACAUCAUCAACUACAAAACUAAAACAAUGACCCAAACAAUGAAGAAUAUUGUGGUCAUAUCUUUGAAUGCUGUUGGCCAUGUAAAUGGUUGCCGUGGUGCAACAAUUGAUAGUUUAAUUAGCCGUGGUCAUCGUGUUUAUUUCCUUCUGGAAAAAGCAUUCGAAGGUCAAUUACGACCAUAUGGUUUUGAAGAAAUCAUCUAUGAAGUAUCAAAUGAUCGUAAUGAACCGACGAAAAAACCUGGCGAACAAAUGGCAAAUGAUUUAUUAUCAUAUAAAAUUUUGGGAAAAAUGACCGUCGAAGAAAAACUACGACAAAUGUUGAAAUAUUUUGUUAAAUCCGAUACAUUCCUAAGCUAUUAUCAACAGGUAGAAAUUUCGCUUAAACGAUUAAUGCGCCAAAUACAAAUCGAUUUGUUCAUAAUCGAUGAUGUUUACAUACAUCCUGCCAUCUAUUAUUCAAAUAUACCGGUCAUCAAAUGUAUUACGUCUGCACCAUUUAUAUUUUUUGCAUCGGAUCCAGCUUUACCACCACCAUUUACAGGUCUACCAUCGAAUGCUGAUCCCGAUGAGAUGAAUAAAUGUCGUCAAAUGUUGGCUGAUAUGAUGAAAAAGAAUGCAUUCGCUGAUUAUAUUGAAAAACUUGGCUAUGAAAAAUAUCCGGAUGAUCAACGAGAAUUGGAAAAACGAAUCGCUUUCAAUAUUUAUGCAUAUCCGAAAGAAUUAAAUCAUUGGAAAAUCGAAUCAGCACAUCCACGGUGGUUCAAUCUAGAAGUAUUUAAUCGAAAUAUUCAAUAUGAUACGAUCGAUUUGGAAGAAUUGGUUGGCCAGGAUUUCUACCACAAUGAUUUAGAUGGAAAAUUCAGUGGAAAAUGGAUUUAUGUUUCAAUGGGAUCAAUGGGUUCAGUUGAUCUAGAAUUAAUGCAACGUUUAACACUGAUUCUUGCAAAAACUCAACAUAAAUACAUUAUUUCAAAAGGUCCAAGACAUGAUGAAUAUGAAUUACCGGGCAAGAAUAUGUGGGGUGCACGAUUCAUUCCACAAAUUAAAAUUCUACCAUUAAUCGAUUUGGUUAUUACACAUGGUGGAAACAAUACCGUAACGGAAACAUUUGCGCAAGGAAAACCAAUGAUUAUUAUGCCAUUAUUUUGUGAUCAAUUAGAUAAUGGUCAACGAUUAGUGGAAACAGGUUUAGGUGUAUGUUUGGAACCAUAUGAUUUUGAUGAACAGCAAUUAUUAUCAUCUAUUGAUCGAUUAUUAAUGGACAAAAAAUUAGCCGAUAAAUUAUAUCGCGCAUCGGAAAGGAUUAAAAAAUCCGAAGCACAUCGAUUAUUUGGUGAAAAAGUCGAACAAUUAAUGAAUGAAUGAUUUAUUGUUAAAUCAAUUUGUUUUAUUGAGAAAUCUGAAAAAUUUUUAAAUAUU